AUGGCUGCCGCUGCGGAUGUGCGCGAUAUGCUGGACUUGCCCGCUGAGAGCCAGCCCAGACCGCAUAAGAAGCAGAAGGUGGUUGAGAAGCGACCAGAGGGUAUUACCCGUGAAUUAUACGCGUUAUUGGGUGAACGAGCGCCGCCUAUCGCUAUCAAUGAGAACAAGUACAAGGGGCGUCCGAAGUGGAUGAACAAGCUGCGGGUGCGACCAUGGCGCAUGUCACCAUUCACGAACGGCGCUCGAUCUGACGGACUAGUCCUAAACCACUGGCAACGGAAACACGAAUCCACACGACCACCCGCUCCCGAGGGAACCGAGAUGGACGUAGACGAAAAGAAGGAGAAAGAAGAAGGAAAAGAAGACGAACCGCCUAAACCCCUCGAACAAGAAUACAACUUCGCCAAAUACAACAUCAAAGCCCGAGUACCAAGAUCAUACUCCGAGGAAGAAUACACCCGCCACAUACAAAACAACGACUGGACCCGCGAAGAAACAGACUACCUAAUGGACCUAGCCCACGAAUACGAUUUGCGCUGGGUAAUAAUCGCCGACCGCUACGAUUACCAACCACGAGUCAACACAGAAGCGGAAGGCGACUCAAACGCCCUAGUUCCAGCAAAACACUACAGAACAAUGGAACAGAUGAAAUCGCGCUACUACUUCGUCGCAGCGACAAUGCUCGCAAUCGAACAUCCACCGUCCGAAAUGUCCGAAGCCGAAUUCGAUCUCCACGAAAAGAUGCUCAAAUUUGACCCGGAUCGCGAACGAGAUCGUAAAGAACUCGCCGCUCUCCAAUUAAACCGUACAGCCGAUGAAGUCCGUGAAGAAGCAAUGCUCCUCGAAGAACUCAAGCGCAUCACAAGUAACGAGCAGAACUUCGUCACAGAACGCCGCGAGCUCUACUCACGUCUUGAAGUACCUAUUAGCGUCGGAAACACAACUAUCUACCAGUCCAGCCAAGGGCUCUCACAGCUUCUUCAGACUCUUCUACAAGCUGAUAAGAGCAAGAAACGUCGCUCGAUCCUUGGUCCUGAAGGCGCUGUAGCUAGUCCGGCUGGGCAAACUCCUACGCAAGCUUCCCAGAUGAGUCGUGGCGAUACACCUGGUACUGCUGCUGCGGCGGCGGCGAAUAAGAAGGGUGGUGCAGCUGCUGCUGUGCCUUCUGCGCGUGAAAUCCAACAACCAAUUCGUACACUUACGCCGGCUGAAGAGUCUCGAUAUGGCGUGCAGCAUCACGAGCGCGUUUCGGCGGGCGUUCAGUUCCGUAGUGAUCGUGCUCAGAAACUGACGCAGGCGAAGUCGAAUGUUCAAACUUUGAAACUUGCCGGUGCGCUUGCUGAACUUGAGAUUCCUGUGCGGUUGUUUAUGCCAACGGAGCGUGUGUGUAAGGAGUUCGAGCGCCUUAUUCAAUCCGUAAAUCUUCUUCUGGACGCGCGUAAAGUUGCUGAGAAAGUUGAAAGUGAAAUUCGUGUUUUGGAGGCUUCGAAGGCAGAACGAGAGAAGAAGUCUGCUCCUACUGAUGGAUCUGGGCAUCCGGAGGUGAAGACUGAGGCGGAAGAGGGGACAGGCGUGUUGGAGUCUACUGCUGCGGAUGCGGAUGCGGAUGCGGAUGCAAAGGAGAAUCCUGCUGAUGGUGACGGACAAGGUGAUGGUGAGGAGGCUUCGAAGGAGGGCGAAGGUAAUCACAAGCGAUCUGCUAGUGUGCUUAGCGGUGGAAGUAAUAAGAGCUCCAAGCGGCAGAGGCGGUAG